GAGCCGCCGCACCGGAAGUCACUGUGGGGGAAGCGGAAUGCCAACGGACCGGCGAUGAGCACCAAGCGGGUGACGUGCAGGUACUUCAUGCACGGGGUCUGUCGAGAGGGGAGUCGCUGUUUGUUUUCCCAUGAUUUGUCCACAAGCAAACCGUCCACCAUCUGCAAGUUCUACCAGAAAGGGCUGUGUGCCUAUGGGGUGCACUGCAGAUACGAUCACGUGAAGCUGCCUGGAUUUCGAGCUGUCGCGCCCGCAAUCCCGAGGGUUGUGCCCGUCUCUGUCACUCACAAUGCCGUGCCCGUCCCUGUCUGCGUGGAGCCGGUUGUGCCGGUCAAAGCCACGGAACCGACGCGGUACAAAAAGAAACCGCUGGAGUUAAAAGACCGAGACCUUUGCAACCGGUCGGCAGAGAAAUCGAAGCUGUUUCCUUUGCCCCCGGGGUCUCAGGCUGGGGUGAAGCCGUUGUCAGGGCCGGUGCUGCCGGACGUAGCCGGCUUUGUGUUCGAGAAGCCGCCCCCACCCUCGUACCUGGCUGCUGUACGGAGCGGGCUGGACCACGUGCCGGGGCCGGUGAUGGUGGGAGGGGGCGUCCCACAGCAGCUGUGCCCAUUCGCGGCCGCCGGGCAGUGUAAUUACGGGGAGACCUGCCUGUACCUGCACGGGGAGCGGUGCGACGUGUGUGGCCUCCAGGUGUUACAUCCCACUGACCUGGAGCAGCGCAGAGAGCACGAGCAGUUGUGUCUCCGUGCCUUUGAACAAGAUAUGGAGAAGGCGUUUGCUGUGCAAAAGAGUGAAGAUAAAGUUUGCAACAUCUGUAUGGAGGUAGUUUAUGAGAAGCCCAUCCUGUCAGAGAGGAGGUUUGGGAUCCUGUCUGACUGUAUCCACCCGUACUGCCUGUCCUGUAUCAGACAGUGGAGGUGCGCCAAGCAGUUUGAGAAUAAAAUCAUCAAGUCCUGCCCUGAGUGCCGGGUGGUGUCUGAGUUUGUGAUCCCCAGUGCGUACUGGGUGGAGGAGCAAGAGGAGAAGGAGAGACUUAUCGAAGCCUUCAAGCAGGGAAUGAGCAAAAAAUCCUGUAAGUAUUUCAACCAGGGCAAGGGGAGCUGCCCAUUCGGUGGCAAGUGCCUGUACCUCCACGCUUACCCAGACGGCACCUUGGCACAGCCGGAACUGCCACGAAAACAGCUCAGCUCUGAGGGCAACGUCAGGUUCCUUCACUCGGUGCGACUCUGGGAUUUUAUUGAGGAACGGGAGCAGAGGGACGUGUUGCCACCUCGCGAGGAGGAGGAGGAGGAAGAGGAGGACAUGGCGGAGCUGAGCCACAUCUUCUCCCAUCUCUCAGGAACGUCAGAGCGUGGGGAGAGCCAGGCUGAGCAGGCCGUCUUAUUGUAGAUUCUAUAAACCCUAAAAUGGCAGCUGUUCCUUGUAACUGGUACCUACGUUCAGCCGUGCGAGCUCCACGCUCUUUAGUUCUGGACUCAUUGGAAUGGGAGUCACAGCCUCCACUCCCACCACACACCACAUUUCGGUUUUAUUCACGGACAGUUCAUAAACCCACGGCAGAUUGCUUUUUCACUGAUCGAUUGGCUUGGAAGUAAUUCAGCCCUUUCUCCCCCACCCCAAUCCCUCCAGUUUUAUCUGAAUAACUCCCUCCUCUCCCCCCCACCCCCACCUCUGUCCCUGGGAGCUCAGGGUGGGGGAGCCUGGUGCUGGGAUUCUGUUCUUGGUUGUCAUUGAGUUGGGGACGUUCUCUCGCCUUCUUCCCCCCCCUCCUCCCCACCCCCUACAUACGCACACUCUAGUGCUUGGGUGUUGGGCAGGGAUGGCAUUACCCCCUCUGCAAACUGGAACCCCUUACUAACACACACCCUCCAGGUUCACACAUGAAGAACAUCAGUCUGGGUCAGAUACACACAGACACCACUGAAGAAGACUCCUCCCUGACCCACCAUCUUCCACCUGUUUUUCUCUGUGUUUCUCGGCUAAAACUUUUACCUGGUCUUAGUGCGAGAGACCACUUGGUGGGACGAGACGUCAAGUGGACAUCAAAACUCCCACUGCGCUAUUUGAAAAGGGAGUUUCUCACUCUCAUGUCCUGGCCAACAAUCCUUCAGAUAAAAUCAUUCAUUUCCAUAAACACAAAGUCGUUGGAACAUGAGGCAGGUCAGGCAGCAUCCAUGGAUAGAGGAAAAUUAGUUAAUGUUUCAGGUCUAUGACCUUUCGUCAGAACUAAAAAACAAUGUGUUACGGUUAUAAAGAGGAAUCUUAGACACAUCUGUUCGUUCUAUAAUCCCCCGAUUGCCUUUUGAAUUGCACCAUCACCACCUCAAUUUCAUCAUCUUGUCCUCCAGCAUCGAAAAAAAUUUCCUUUUGCUUUCCCGACCCCUUCUCUGCUUCUCCGUUAUCUGCUCCUUUAAACAUCCCCAAGUCCUGACAAAAGAUCAGACCUGAAAUGUUAACUCAGUUACCUUUCUCCAUGGACGCCGCCUGACCUGCUGCACGUUCCCAGCAACUUCUGUGUUUACACCAGAUUGCCAGUACAUCUGCAGUACUUUGCCAUUCAUUCAUUUCCAUGGCUGUUUGUGGGAUAUUGCUGUGUGCAAAAUACACAGUAAAAUCCCGUGAAGUGCUUUGAGAUGGUUUGAUGACAUUGAAGUGAAAUGCAAGGAUUAUUAUAAUGCGGAAGGUUUUUUUUUUCUGCGGGAAAAACUUGCCUGGAUUUAGGAACUUUCCAAAAUUUUGAUGUUAAAUUUUAAGAACAAAAUGGUGGUGAGAGGCUGAGAUGGAGUGGAAUUUCACACUGCUCGAUGAUGUCAGGAUUAACUAUGUGUGGAUGGCAGGCAGGGCUCGCCACAAGCUGUCACACAGGCAGCUCACAGCUAUAACACAGCGACUCUCUCCCUCUCUUUACAUCUGAACUGUUUUGUAGAAUGCGUAUUAAAGGAAAUGAAGCAAUAUUAUUGAAUAUACUGACAUUUGGGAAAUUGUUAAAAGUUAUAUAUAGGUAUUGCAGUGCUGACAGUCAGGACUCAGGGGCGGAGGGGAGGUGGAGAGAGGUGAGGUGGGGGUAUCACGAUGCCCUCUCUGGCUGUGUUCUGAGUGUGAAUGAGUGUAGCUGCCACUGAUUGGGGAGUUUCUGACUUUACACAAAUGACUGUCUUCUCCAUUGUGUAGUAAUGCUUUAAAUAAAUGUCUCCUAUGGUAGAGAA